CCCCUCCUCCCCUGCUGCUGUGGUGCGCUGUUGAGUUGAAGCGCAACAACCCGGAGAGCGCAGCAGCGACUUCAAGCGCUGCAACUUUGAUGACAGGGUUUUUUGGAGCCGUCGAUGAGCGCGUUUGAAGUGCCUUGCUGGUGAAGACAAGGGAGUCGAGUUUCGACCUGCGGUUCCCCCUCUACCAGUCGGAUCAAAAUGAAAUUCCUGAUUUAUGUGAUAGCAGUCGCCUUGGCGGUGAGCUCUGCGCACGGAGGUCCCAAGUCUGACGAGCCGUGUGGAGGCCUGGACUGUAGCGGAGGAUGCAGGUGCAAUCCAGAGAAAGGCAGCAGGGGUCGCCCAGGACCUCUUGGAGAAGUUGGUCAAGGUGGACCAGAGGGGCCACGUGGUGGUGUCGGGGCUUCAGGGCCUAAAGGAGAGAAAGGACAUGUUGGAUUGAAAGGACCAUCUGGGCCCAAAGGAGACAAGGGACCUAUGGGAGUUCCAGGGUUCCAAGGAAAUGAUGGAGUACCUGGUCACCCUGGUCUGGAGGGUGGCAGAGGACCACCAGGACUGGACGGUUGUAACGGGACCAGAGGAGAUCCUGGACCACCUGGAUACGGCGGGGCAGGAUCACCUGGAGUUACUGGAUAUGCUGGGCCUGCUGGGCCAAAGGGUCAAAAAGGAGAACCUCUAUACAUCUCAGACAAUGGCUACGCGAGUUUACCAGGUCUGCCAGGACAUGACGGUCAACCUGGUAUCAGAGGUCCUGAUGGUCCAACUGGUUUUCCUGGUACAAGAGGCCCUGAAGGAUUCCCCGGCCCGCCUGGUCCUCCCGGUCCCCCAGGACCAAUGGGGAGCCGUAGCGACGGAUAUCAAGGAGAGAGAGGAGACAAGGGUGACGUGGGCACGCCUGGUGACCCCGGCCAGCCACUGAUCAAUGGCGUUGUGGAGUUAAUGGGUUUUCCCAAAGGAAGCAAAGGAAUGCAGGGUGAACCUGGCCUAAAGGGACUGAGAGGAUUCCCUGGCACUGCUGGCCGACCUGGACCUUUCGGCUAUCGUGGUGAAUACGGAGAGAAAGGCAUUCCUGGAUACCCCGGUGGAAGAGGUGCUCCAGGUUUCAACGGGCCUCCUGGCAGUCCAGGACAACAGGGAUACAGAGGUAACCCAGGUUUCUCCGGACAACCAGGAUACAUAGGACCUAAGGGAGACCAGGGAGAGCCCGGACUACCAGGACCUCCAGCUUUCAUUUCUAAUUUUGGCAGUACUGUUCAAGGACCACCAGGUGACCCAGGUUACAAUGGAAUUCCUGGUGCCCGCGGUGACCAGGGACCUCCUGGAUUCCCAGGACCACCAGGACAACCAGGAAUUGGUGGUUAUGGCAUAGGUGUUGGAUCUCCAGGUUUACCCGGGGUAGAAGGCCCGAAGGGAGAGAAAGGUAACCCAGGAUUACCAGCCUAUGGAACUGAAGGACUCCCCGGCGCUCCUGGACUCCCUGGACCCAGAGGCCUUCCUGGACCUCAGGGCCCUUCUAGCCUUGCCGUUGGUCCGUGCGUCAUCCAUCCUGAGUGGUCCACCAAGCCCAAAGGUUCUCCCGUUGGUGUACCCGCUGUUCACCCUGGACAGCCUGGGUUGCCUGGAAACAGAGGAGAGCCGGGUAACACAGGAUACAAAGGCUACAGAGGUGAUCCUGGUGACUGUGCCUGCCUAGGAGGAGGCACCUCAGGAGCUUCUGGGUUACCUGGAGCCCCGGGAAGAAACGGCAGCCCUGGCUUUCCUGGAAGAAAGGGUGAGCUUGGUGACAGCGGUUCACCCGGCUUUAAUGGCGUUCAGGGACCUCCUGGUCGUGCUGGUGAAAGUGGUUACUUUGGUCGUAAGGGAGAGAAGGGGGCAUCUUACUACCCCACCCUGGGUUUUGGGGUAAAAGGAGAGAUUGGAGCUCCUGGACACCGAGGACCUACAGGUGAAACUGGAAAACCCGGCAGAGAUGGAAUAUCUGGCUUCCCCGGAGCUCCUGGACCCCCAGGCGACGCAGGCUACGGCACAGUAGGAGAGAAGGGUUUCCCAGGAUAUCCAGGUCCUAAAGGUCGUUCCGGCGGCCCUGGUGAACCCGGAGGCGGCUACGCUGGAACACCCGGUUUUCGGGGAGAACCCGGAGAGCCCGGUAUACCUGGGUUUCCAGGACAGCCAGGUUUACCUGGUCCGAGAGGUGAAAACAGCUGUGGAAGGGUUAAUGACGACGGAGAGGGAACGGGCCAUGUGCUACCUUGCACCAUACCCGGUGAGGAUGGAGACCCUGGUUACCCCGGUGUACCUGGACGACCAGGUCCUAAAGGCGAGUCAGGUUACCCAGGAGGCUCUGGACGUCCAGGGUUGGAUGGUGCCAAAGGAGAGAGAGGAGACCCUGGUUAUGGAGGCCAGCCUGGACCACAAGGUUUCCCUGGACCUAGAGGAGACCCUGGACUUCCAGGUGUUCCAGGACAUGGUUUUGAUGGACCUAAGGGAAAAGAUGGUGCUCCAGGAUAUCCUGGUGCGAAGGGUCAGCCUGGAGAGGUACUAGGAGCCUCACCAGGAUCUCCAGGACGGGAUGGUUUACCAGGAAUCCCUGGCGACAAGGGCCAGCCUGGGACACCAGGAGGAUCUGGAUUGCCUGGUGGUGACGGGCGUAACGGUCUACAUGGACUGAAAGGAGAGCGCGGUGUCGAUGGUUUUCCUGGUAUUCCCGGACUUCCUGGAACUCCAGGACCGCCGACUGGUGGCAUCAUCGGUCGACCUGGAUCUCCUGGCAACCAGGGACCAAGUGGAGCACCAGGCUGCCAAGGUUUCCCUGGUCGCAAGGGAGAAAGAGGAGACCCAGGUUUCCCAGGCCCUGCUGGAAUGAAGGGAACCCCAGGACUGACCGGCACCCCUGGACCAUCAGGGCCAAGGGGACCCCCCGGAGGACCAGGACCAGGAACUAGAGAGGGAGUCCCAGGAAUACCAGGAAGGAAGGGUGAGAUCGGUUUCCCAGGACUGAUGGGUUUCCCUGGACUGCCAGGUCGUCCUGGAAGCCCAGGGUUUCCUGGACAAAAAGGACUGGCUGGAGGACCCGGAAGAGACGGACUCUCCGGUGGUCCCGGAUACCCCGGACAGAAAGGUGACAGAGGAUACCCUGGAGCCCCCGGCUUGCCCUCUAGUUCUCCUCCAUUACAUUAUGCGGAGAAAGGAGAACCUGGAAUUCCUGGUGGCAACGGUCUACCUGGCUUCACCGGACCCAGAGGUGAUAAGGGUUUUCCAGGUCAGCCUGGUCGUCAGGGUCUGCCUGGACUUCCUGGUUACGCUGAGCAGAGUAAAGGACAGCGGGGAGAACCUGGAUUUCCAGGACGACCGGGAUCUCCAGGCUACCCCGGACCAAAGGGAGAAGCUGGAAUCGUGGGAUUCCCUGGCACGUCUGGAUCAAGAGGUGAUGAUGGUCCACCGGGUUUCCCAGGCAACCCUGGAGAAUUUGGUCGUUCUGGUGGAAAAGGUCAACCCGGAGAUUCAUAUGGUUAUCCUGGUGGUCCAGGAGCUAAAGGCCAGCCCGGAGAUUCAGGCUUCCCAGGUGGCCGUGGCAAUGAUGGCGCCCCCGGUGACAAUGGUUAUCCAGGAGGUUCAGGUUUCCCUGGUCAGAAAGGAGCUCCUGGUGAGCCAGGACGUCCUGGAACAACAGGCGCUCCUGGUUUCCCUGGACCAAAGGGCCAGAACGGCUACCCAGGAAGAAGUGGGACAGAUGGAUCACCUGGUCAGCCUGGUGGUCCUGGAGGUCCUGGAUCCAAAGGUUUGCCCGGAGCUCCUGGUUUGGAUGGACUGAAUGGCCUUGGUGGACCUAAAGGUCUCCCUGGAACUCCAGGUCCAAGCGGAGGAGGUCGUCCAGGUGCCCCUGGUAUUCCAGGACUGAAGGGAGAGAGAGGAGUCUCCUACCCAGGAGGUCCAGGCUUCCCCGGACCGAAGGGAGAGAGAGGAAAUUCAGGUGGACCUGGACUCCCAGGGUUCCCCGGGCGUCCCGGCCCUCCUGGUGAGACGAGGGUGUCAGAUGUUCCCGGACAAAUUGGAGACCCCGGCCUCCCUGGACUGGAUGGAGAGUAUGGUUUCCAAGGUCCUCCAGGUCCUCCUGGGCCACCUGGUCCAGGCACAGACCAGGGAGACAGAGGUGAUCCAGGACUCCCGGGCUUCCCAGGCUCCCCCGGCAGGAAAGGAGAUUCAGCAGGCCCUGGAGCCUCCGGACUCCCUGGCAGCCCCGGUUUUAAAGGAGCACGAGGUGAGCCUGGAUACAGCGGAGGUUCUGGUCUCAAGGGUUACGCUGGUGACCCCGGUUACUAUGGAGGCAAAGGACCCAAAGGAGUUCGAGGGCGUCCUGGCCGCAAAGGUAUCCCCGGAGUCAUGCUGCCCCCACGGGAUUUCGUGCGACCCUUCGGAGAUGUGGGCUUUCCCGGUGAAAAAGGAGGUCCCGGUGCCCCAGGAGGACCCGGUCUGCCAGGAACGUCCGGGCAUCCAGGUCCUAAAGGUCAUCCUGGUUCUGUGGGUAAACUUGGCAGGACUGGACCUGCUGGUCUCCCUGGAGCCAACGGUGACCCAGGACCCCCUGGUUUCCCUGGAGCCACUGGAGAACAAGGUUCUCCUGGUGCAGCCGGUCGUCCCGGCGCCCCCGGCGGCGUCGGCCGCAGUUACAGCAUCGGCUACACUCUGGUGAAGCACAGCCAGGACUCUCAGGUCCCCAUGUGUCCACAGGGCAUGGCCAAGCUGUGGGACGGAUACAGUCUGCUGUACGUGGAGGGACAGGAGAAGGCACAUAACCAGGACCUCGGUCAGCCAGGGUCGUGCCUCCCCAGGUUCAGCACCAUCCCUUUCCUGUACUGCUCCCCCAACGAGGUUUGCUACUACGCCAGCCGCAACGACAAAUCUUACUGGCUCUCCACAACCGCGUCCAUACCCAUGAUGCCUGUGGGUGAGCAGCAGAUUCAGGCUUACAUCAGCAGGUGUUCUGUGUGUGAAGCUCCGUCUCAGGCCGUGGCAGUCCACAGUCAGGACUUGACCAUCCCCACCUGUCCUCCAGGCUGGAGGAGUCUCUGGAUAGGAUACUCCUUCCUCAUGCACACGGCAGCCGGCGCUGAGGGUGGUGGUCAGUCCCUGGUCUCUCCUGGCUCCUGCCUGGAGGAUUUCCGCGCAACACCAUUCAUCGAGUGCAACGGAGCCAAGGGCACCUGCCACUACUUCGCCAACAAGUACAGCUUCUGGCUCACCACUGUAGAUCCCAACCAGGAGUUUGUGUAUUCGCCAGGACAGGAGACCCUGAAGGGAGGCCAGGAGCGCUCCAGAGUCAGCCGCUGUCAAGUCUGCAGCAAGAUCUUGUAGUAGUAGGAGGAGGUGAAUGGAGGAAGGGAAAUAUCAGGAGGUGAUAAAUUAACACCUCAAAGGAAAAUUUGAUUAUAAAGAGAUCUGUAAAAACAAGAACAAGUGACUGACUGAAAAUGAGCCCCUCUCCUGCUUUACUGGUGGUUUCAAAAUAGAGUCAAACUACAUUGGCCCCUGUUUUUUAGAAAGGCUUAUUAACAAAAAAAAAAAAAAAGAGGAGUUGGUGGGAGGAAAUGGAUUUGAGAAGGGCUCCAGAUGGAUUCCCCUUCUCUAGAUUAUCACUGACAAUGGUGCUAUUAUGUUCUUUGUGUUUAUUUUGUGUCUGUUUUCUCGUUACGGUUCUUGGCGAGAAUCAUUCUCGGCUACCUCGGAGAGUGCCACCUUCUUUUGGAUAGCACUGCACCGCUUACACACCAACCAAGGGCUGGACGUCAGCUUCAGAUGAGUCAGUUCAGACAGGAAAGUCAAACAAUUCUCAGCUCAGUCUAAAGUCUUAAAGUUUUCUGAACUGAUCCAACUGAAGCAGACGAUUCUGGUUCAGAAACACCUUAAAUCUUUGCUUCUUUUGUAUUUACUGCAGACUGAAACCACUUUAACCUGCAGUUAUGUUAAAGCCUUUGAAAACUGGUGGUUUUGCACGUUUUGCUAUGCUUCGAGAGAUUUGAGACUUACUUGAGGUGAAGUGAAACGUUAUAGUGAACAAUUUGUCAUUAACGUCCAAAUCACCCGCCAAAGUGCAACUUUACUUCAAAAUGAGACAAUUAGGAGAAACUUAUGAAUAAUAAAGAGUUCUGUGUUUUGUUUUAAAGAGUUGGCAACAGAUAUAAUAACAUGUUUUCUUAUUAAUUGACUUCAGGAUUUCAUUUAGAUCCAUUUACCAACAAAUAUCUCAGAUAUUUGUUGGUAAAUGGAUCUUUAAGCAAGUCUCACUUCUCUACGAGUUGAUUCUCAGAGUUUUUGGAAAUCUGAUAAACCAGCGACAGUCUGAAAUCGAAAGACGUGACAUAGGAUGAGUGUGAAUGUUGGAGUCCAGCUGCUCGUAAAGCUGCAUUAUCAUCACACUUUGUAAGUUAUCGUGCAAAAUUGCCAGAGAAGUCCUGACUUUACUAUGCAUGUGUCAUGUUUCAUGUAUACUUCACAAUAGAAAUCUGUGGUGCUACAAUACCCUGACAGUUGCAAUAUUUAGAAUGUUCUUACUAACCAGGCUAACCGGCACUUUUCCUCUAAGAAAAAUACAAAAACCUCUGCAACAGCUGACUGUAAUGACUUGAAUGAGGCCACCCAUUCAUAUAUAUAUUGCACUGAUGUGAACUCAUAUGGGUUGUAGAACAAUAAACAAGUCAAAUCUUAUCUUAGGUGCUUAUUUCCACUUCCACAGGCUUCAUCUUUACGUUGUGACCAAAAUAGUGUUGUUGUUUUGUUUUUUUAAACCCUUCAUUCUCACUAAAUUUGCAACAGGAAACCAAACACACACACACAUACACACACACACUCUCUGAUAGAUUGUUAAUUAUUGCUGUACAUAGUGCUUACUGUAUUUCACAGCAAAGUAUGUUAGAACAAAAGUCUAUAAUGCUGUCUGCUCUUUUAUUUUGAUUUAAAUUUUUUUGUUUUCUAAAAACCAGUUUAUGUUUUUUCUGUCCUUGGAUGUAAAAGAGGAAAAAAGUUUUUCCUUCCUGUACACAUCGAUUCUGCAGCCAAAAUUUGUGAAUACUGAUUCGCGGUGGUGCGCAAAGACGUGUAAGAUCAAAAAUUUUGUUAUGUUGACUUUGGUUCGGAAAUGUGAAUUAAAAGUGUGGUUAAUAUCUGACUGACUGUAACAUCAUCCUUGGACAGUGAAAGCUACUGGGUGACUUGUAACCACUAUGACCACUGUGUCUCUCUGCUGGUAGCCCUGAUUUUAUUACUUAUGUCACAUUUUUCUUCUUUUGUUUAUUUUAUUUUUUUGCCAGCUUUUGUUGUUUUGUAAUCUAGAUUGUAAUUAUUUUACUUCAGUCAUGAUACUAUCCCCUGGUUUUAUUUACUGAGAUGGGAGGGAAUGGGAAGAUAACGAUGUGUACAUUAAAUAUUAUGGAGAAAAAAAAGAAAAAUGCUUUUAGGAUGUUUUUUUUUUUAUAUAUAUAUAUAUGGAAAAAUAUAUUCACCACUGAUGAUUUAACAGAUAAAACAACUGUUUUUCCAAAACCAAUGAGUGUUUAUGCAGCAACUGGAAGUGCCUGGUGACAGAAAAGAAAUGCAGUUUUCCUCAAAGAGGAUCCAGAACAAACAAACAAAAAGAAACGGUUAUAACCUGUCUGUUUCUGUAAUGUGCAUUUCUGUGCUUACACACUUUGAAAUAAAGCCUCUAAACUAACUGA